AUGCUUGCCAUUCUCGUUGAUACAUCUAAUGCAUUGGUUUUCAAGAACCUCAAAGGUUUGGAUAAACAAUGUCCGCGUUGCCAAGCUCCAAUUGGUUGCAGAUCAAUUCACUGCGAAGUCUGCGAUAAAUGCUCUUUAAGACAUUAUCUGCAUUCAGAUUAUUUGUCAACAUGCGUUGCAUCUACAAAUUCCGAUAUAGCUUUACAAUUUUUAGGACUUGGUAUUGUAAUUGAGAUAUUUCAUGUCGUUGUCUCUACUUAUCCUCUUUUCCAUAAAUCAUCACCAAUUACUUGGAUACAGUACCAUAUUUUCUUAAUUCCAUCAGUUUUCUUUUCAUUGCACUCUUUGAUUCAGCUUUCGAUAAUCCUCUAUCAAUUGGUUGUCAUUGCAUGCAAAAAUUCGCUUUCCAUCAAAACUCAUCAUACAAAAUUGUUCGAAUACUACGAAUUAUUGCCUGAUGAAAUCAAUCCAUUUAACUAUGGCCUGAUUGAGAAUCUAAGUGCAUUUAUGCAAAGAGGAGAUAUGAAUGAAGACGUGGCUAAAGAACUUCCUCAUUAUGAAGAAUUUAAGAAGGAAAUUUCAAAGAUUUCCAACUUUGUUCCUACAGAACCAUUACUCUAA